AUGGUGAUCAAUCCCACCUACCUCGCCCAGACGUCCCGAUCAUCAACAAACUGGCAAGCCGCACGCCGACGCGUCCUAAAGUCAUACCGAGCAUGGCUACGAGCUGUUCGUCCAUCAGCGCUCUCUCCUAGUUCAAUCAAAUGGCCGACCCGCAUGCUAAUUGUUUUUCCUCUCGGUGGUACCCAGGCGCCCGAGAUCCAACAGAUGUACUCGCUCAACAUGCCGGUGUCGCGGAUCCGGACCAAAGUGCGCUCCGAGUUCGAGAAGCAUCGGUAUGUCAACCAGCUGGACGUGGUGGAUGUGCUGCUGUUCCAGAGUCAUAGCGAGUUCCAGGAGACACUGAACUACUGGAAGCAGCUCGCGCACGUCAUGAAGUAUUUUACGGCGGAGGAGAAUCCGAGGGCGAGGCUGCCAAAGGAUUUUAUAUCCGGGUUUUUGGAGGGGAGGAAUUGA